AUGUCCAACCCCCGAAUUGAAGAGAUCGAAGACGAGGUCCCACGCAAGGCUGUCGUCGAGGAAGAAGACUCCUCUGACGAGUCAGCACAUGACCAUGACCAUGACCAUGAUCACGACCAUGACCACGACCACGACCACGACCACGAUGGUGAUAUCCCAGCUGGGUCUGCUGUUGCCGUUCACUCCAGGAACGAAAAGAAGGCUCGCAAGGCCAUCGCUAAGCUUGGGUUGAAGCAUGUCCCUGGAAUCACUCGAGUGACCCUGAGACGACCAAAGAACAUCCUCUUCGUCAUCAACAAUCCUGAUGUCUACAAAUCCCCAUCUUCCAACACUUGGAUCAUCUUUGGUGAGGCUAAGAUCGAAGAUCUAAACUCCCAAGCACAGGCUUCCGCCGCUCAGCAAUUGGCCAACGUUGCUGCCUCCGCUGAUCCUAGUGGAGCCAACAUCGAAGCCGACCUCGCUGCUGCUGCUGAGAAAGGAAAGGAGGUUGAGAAGAAGGAUGAUGACGACGAUGAUGACGAGGAGGUUAGUGAGGAAGGCUUGGAACAGAAGGAUAUCGAACUUGUUAUGGCCCAGGCAAAUGUCUCCAGGAAGAAGGCUGUUAAGGCUUUGACCGAGAACGACCACGACAUAGUCAACAGUAUAAUGGCUCUAUCGACUUAG